AUGUCACCAUCGUCGUCAUUCGUCUCUGUCACUUUCUUCUUCUUCCUUCUGGUUUCUUCUCUGGUUUUCCCGGCGUCCUCCGAUGACAUCUCCGAGCUGUUCGACGACUGGUGCCAGAGACACGGCAAAACAUACGGCUCGGAAGAAGAGAGGCAACAAAGGAUUCAAAUCUUUAGAGACAAUCACGACUUCGUCACCCAACACAAUCGCAUCGCUAACUCAACUUAUUCUCUCUCCCUCAAUGCCUUCGCGGAUCUGACUCACCACGAGUUCAAGACCUCUCGUCUCGGACUCUCUGCUCCGGCUCCGUCGGUGAUGGCUAAAGAACAGAGCAUGGGUGUUAGCGAUAACGUUCGCGCAAAGGUUCCAGAUUCUGUUGAUUGGAGGAAGAAAGGAGCUGUUACUAAUGUCAAAGAUCAAGGAAGCUGCGGAGCGUGUUGGUCGUUCUCGGCGACUGGAGCAAUGGAGGGAAUAAACCAGAUUGUAACAGGAGAUCUCAUCAGCCUCUCUGAGCAGGAACUGAUCGAGUGUGACAAGUCCUACAACACUGGCUGCAACGGUGGUCUCAUGGACUAUGCUUUUGAGUUCGUCGUUAAAAACCAUGGAAUAGAUACAGAGAAAGACUAUCCUUAUCAAGAACGUGACGGCACCUGCAAAAAGGAUAAGUUGAAAAGACAUGUUGUGACCAUUGAUAGCUACACUGAUGUAAAAUCAAACAACGAAAAAGCUUUACUGGAGGCUGUUGCUGCUCAGCCAGUUAGUGUUGGCAUCUGUGGAAGCGAGAGAGCGUUUCAGUUAUAUUCUAAAGGAAUAUUCUCUGGCCCGUGUUCUACAUCAUUGGACCACGCAGUGCUCAUCGUAGGAUAUGGUUCACAGAACGGUGUUGAUUAUUGGAUUUUGAAAAACUCUUGGGGAAAGAGAUGGGGAAUGGAUGGGUUUAUGCACAUGCAGCGUAACACCGGGAAUUCAGAAGGAGUAUGCGGAAUCAACAUGCUCGCUUCGUAUCCUGUCAAGACUCAUCCGAACCCGCCUCCACCGUCGCCUCCAGGCCCCACAAAAUGCAACCUUUUCACGUAUUGUUCAGCUGGAGAGACGUGCUGCUGUGCAAGAAACUUGUUUGGUUUAUGUUUCUCAUGGAAAUGCUGCGAGCUAGAUUCAGCUGUGUGUUGCAAGGAUGGUCGUCAUUGUUGUCCGAGUGAUCACCCAGUUUGUGAUACAACCAGAAGUCUCUGCCUUAAGAAAACCGGCAAUUCCACACUGAUCAAGCCCUUCUGGAAGAAGAAUUCUUCAAAGACUUUUGGCAGAUUCUUGGAGUGGGUUAUGUAA